AUGUUGCUCAAAGAAAGUUACGUCGAUGUCGACACUUCCUACAAUACCAAGAUGCGGAUGUACGUGUUCCAUCCGGUGAUUCCAAACUACCCCAAGGCCAAGUUUCCGGGUGUAAUUGUCUACUCGGAAAUCUACCAGGUGACCGGGCCAGUGGCCAGAUUUGCCAGAGACAUUGCCGGCCAAGGAUAUGUUGUUGUUGCACCUUCCAUCUACCACAAUUUCGUGGACCACGAGCCAUUGGCCUAUGACGUAGAGGGUACCGACAACGGUAACUUGUUCAAGAUCGAAAAGGAACUCAAAUCGUACGAUGAGGAUAACGCUUUGGCAAUUGAGUACUUGAAGAACUUGCCUACCUGUACCGGCAAGAUUGGAGCCACUGGUAUGUGUUUGGGAGGCCAUUUGGCGUUCCGUGCCGCAUUAGAUCCUAGAGUGCAAGCCGCCUUCUGUUUCUUCGCUACGGACAUCCACAACCAUGCUCUUGGAAAGGGCCAAAACGAUGAUUCGCUUGCUAGAUCGUCGGAAAUCAAGGGAGAGUUGGUGAUGGUUUUUGGAGACAAGGAUAACCACGUUCCAUUGGAAGGCAGAGACUUGAUCAGAUCGACUCUUCGUAAGCACAACACGCAACUCACGUUUAUUGAAAUUAAUGAAGCUCAGCAUGCUUUUAUCAGAGACGAGUUCUCGAAGGACAGAUACAAUCCCGCCAUCACCAAGGCCUGUUUCGAGUGGCUUCUUGAGUUGUUCCACAGAAGAUUGGCAUUGGACUUGGGCGACAACGAUGGAAAGGAGAUUGAAAUCGAGGACGUAUGCUAA